ACCGCCCGGGAAGCAGCGCGAGGCUGGGCUGCUGCCGCCACAUCCUUCUCCUUCUCCUCCUCCGGGUUUGAGCGAGCCGAGCCGGUCGGGGCCGAGCCGAGGGCUCCGAGGGCGCAAGCAGAGCAGGGCACGGAGCCAUGGCGCACCAGACCGGCAUCCACGCCACUGAGGAGCUGAAGGAGUUCUUUGCCAAGGCACGGGCUGGCUCUGUGCGGCUCAUCAAAGUCAUCAUUGAGGACGAGCAGCUCGUGCUGGGUGCCUCUCGAGAGCUGGUGGGCUGCUGGGACCAGGACUAUGACAGGGCCGUGCUGCCGCUGCUGGAUGCCCAGCAGCCCUGCUACCUGCUCUACCGCCUGGACACGCAGAACGCCCAGGGCUUCGAGUGGCUCUUCCUCGCCUGGUCACCUGAUAAUUCCCCCGUGCGACUGAAGAUGCUGUAUGCAGCCACACGGGCCACAGUGAAGAAGGAAUUUGGGGGCGGUCACAUCAAGGAUGAGCUCUUCGGGACUGUGAAGGAUGACCUCUCCUUUGCUGGCUACCAGAAACACCUGUCAUCCUGUGCGGCACCUGCCCCACUGACCUCAGCUGAGAGAGAGCUUCAGCAGAUCCGUAUUAACGAGGUGAAGACUGAGAUCAGUGUGGAGAGCAAACACCAGACCCUGCAGGGCCUGGCUUUUCCUCUGCAGCCUCAGGCCCAGCGGGCACUUCAGCAGCUCAGACAGAAGGAGAUCAACUACAUCCAGCUGAAGCUGGACCUGGAGCGGGAGACCAUCGAGCUGGUGCACACGGAGCCCACGGAUGUGGCCCAGCUGCCCUCUCGGGUGCCCCGAGAUGCUGCCCGCUACCACUUCUUCCUCUACAAGCACACCCACGAGGGUGACCCCCUGGAGUCUGUGGUGUUCGUCUAUUCCAUGCCGGGCUACAAGUGCAGCAUCAAGGAGCGCAUGCUCUACUCCAGCUGCAAGAGCCGCCUCCUUGACUCCGUGGAGCAGGACUUCCAGCUGGAGAUUGCCAAGAAGAUUGAGAUUGGUGAUGGGGCAGAGCUGACGGCUGAGUUCCUCUACGAUGAAGUGCACCCCAAGCAACAUGCCUUCAAGCAGGCCUUUGCCAAGCCCAAGGGCCCCGGGGGCAAGCGGGGCCACAAGCGCCUCAUCCGUGGCCCCGGCGAGAAUGGGGACGACAGCUAGGUGGUGGGACCUGAGCCCUGCUGGCCUGUGGACUAUGGGGCCUCACCUAGACUCCCCACCCCUACCCACUCCAUGACCACCUCCCUCCUUCCCAGCCUGAGCUCUGGGGUGGGGCUUGCCUCCUGUGGGGCAGGAGUGCUGGUGACUGAACACUCUUAAAGCUUCCAAGGGCCACUGGGCUGGCAUUUUGUGACCCUCCCACACUGCUGUCCCUGCCUCUCAUCCAGGUGCCCAGGGCAUCGGGAGAUCCUGCCCAGCUGGCUCAAGGAACUGGGUGGGGGCCUGACAUGAACCUGGCACCUGGGGGAACUGAGACUGGUGUCCCAGCACAGCCCAGAAGCCUUUGGCCACAGUGGGGCUGGGGCAGGGGGGUCACUGCAGGAUGAGAUGGUUGAAUGCUGUAUUUUUUAAAGAAUAAAAUAUUUUUAAAUCAA